AUGAAGUUGAUUUACAUUCUAGGAGAUCUGCUUAUCUCGUAUUGGAAAGACAUCCUAAAGGUAGUCAUAGAAACACUCGUAAUUUACCUAGUGGUUCGAUUUAGAUAUCGCUCCAAUAAGGAUGUUAUCAUUUUUCCACAGAAUGUAAUUGAUAAACUUGUGGCUGAGUUUGAUCCCGACGACUUGGUGAAAGACGUCCCCAGCGAUGUGAUGCUGCCCAGCGUGUACAAGGAAGGGAUGGUUGAUCUGGCAAACUUCGAUGUGUUUGGGUUGGCAAUGGAAAACAAGAAAGAGAUUGUCGAGGCCAUAAGAAAAUAUGGAGUUGGGACUUGUGGGCCUCGGGGAUUCUAUGGGACUCUGGACAUUCACCUGGACCUUGAGAGGACCAUUAGCAGGGAGCUUGGUGCAGAGGCUUCCAUUGUGUAUCCAAACAGCUUCAUAGCUGUCAACAGUAUCAUUGCGUGCUUCUGCAAGCAGCAGGACAUUGUGUUUUACCACGAGGACUGUAACGAGGCUAUUCUUAGGGGGAUCGGGCUGUCGAAGUCGAAGAAUAUUGAAUUUGCAAGCAUCUCGGACCUGGAGAUAAAGCUGGAGUAUUUCACGAGGCCGAAGGUAAGGAACUUUGUGAUUAUUGAAGGCCUUUCAAAAAACACAGGAAAGAUUGUAGACAUUAAAAAGAUAUUGGAACUCAGAGACAAAUACAAGUUCAGGAUUAUCUUGGAUGAGUCCUAUGCCAUUCCCCUGCUCAACAAAAGAGGAGUCUGCGGGGCAAAUGGAGUAAGUAUUAAGGAGAUCGACAUUACCAUUGGAUCUCUGUCCGGGGGACUCUGUUGUGGUGGAGCAUUCUCCUUAGGGACUUAUCACGCUGUAGAUUACCAGAAGCUGUCUGGAUCUUCCUACUGUUUCUCGGCGUCUCUGCCAGGAGCCUUAGCUAAGGCUGCAAUCCUGAACAUUCAGAGGGAGUUCGACUAUGAGGGAUUGAGAAACAGAGUGGAGUUGUUUCAUGCAACUUUUGAGUCCAAGACAUAUGAGAUUAUGUCUUCUCCUCUAUCACCCAUAGUGAUUGUUGUAAAGAAGAGAGAAGUAAGGAGGCCAAUGUCUAGGGAGGCACUGCUAAAGGAAGUCCUAGAUAUAAGAAGUGAGCUUUUAAAGAAUGGAAUUAUUGUUGGAUUCAACCACAAUCCAUAUCCUUCCCUAAGAAUUUGUCUGAAGGCCAAGAUCCCAAGGGACGAUGUUACAAGGCUCGCAGUCAUGUUGAAUAAAUGGUAA